AUGUUCAAGUUCCCUUGCCUUCUCGCUCUGGCCGCCGCUGGAUUCGCCCGCGCAGACGAUACCAGUCUCGCUACAGUAGUCGCUGCAUUCAACGACGCGAAUAUCCCGGCGGAUGCGUUCAUCACCUUUGAUCCCAGUCUCCUCCUGCAAGUUCAAUUCCCGCAGGCGAAUGGCACGCUCGUAGACGUUACCGCCGGCGUGCAGCUCCCUCGCAACGCGACUGUCGGCCCGCCAUUGUUCAACGUGGUCGAAGCCAACGAGACGAUCACCAACUCGGCGUCCAAGGGCAGACUGCCGCCGAUCAAAGGCGGCCCGCUCGACUCGACGGACUUCGUCGUCGCAAUGGUUGAUCUCGACGCGCCCACCCCGCAAGACCCUACCUCGGCACAGAUUAGGCACUUCUUGGGCAGCAACUUCACUCUUGCCUCGCCUUCAGCUGGUAGCGAUCUUGCGCCGCUGGUGAACAACACACCUGCGAUCUCGAACUUCCUGCAGCCGACGCCACCGGCGGGCUCUGAUGCUCACCGAUACGUCUUCCUGCUGUUCACACAGUCGCCGGACUUCGACGAACAGACUCUCGUGAACGCUUCGACGUCCAUCGCGAACUUCAACAUUAGCAGCUUUGCCGCAGCAACGGGUCUCGGCGAUCCGUUGGCCGGCUCGUUCAUGUUGGUAGCACCGGACCCGACGGCAUGA